UACGGUUAUGCAUACGUGAAACACUUUUUUAAAGAGCGUAAUGUCGUUUACAACAUAAAAUACUUAAAAAAAACGACUUGCAAAUCCGAGAUAACGAGGAUUCCAUCAAUGAGCGACGUUCGUCCCCAAUUCCAUAACAUCAUCGUGUCUAAAUAGUGGUUGACAAAACUACUUACUGCAGUCUAAUAGAGAGAUCCCUGCCUUGAUCAUGCUGAAAGGAAAGGGAACCAAUUUCCCUUUGCAGUCACUACCGAUUCACACAGACACUGAAUUGCAGACAAAAAUGUCAAAGCAUUUGAGAAUAGCAAAAACAAAUGCACCUGAGUCAAAAGAUUACGUCCAUUCGAUUAAGGAUAAAGAGAAUACACAAUACGUCGGCAGUGAGCCGAGUAAGAAGACUGAUCAGAUGAAUGGGGCGGUACCGUUGUCAAACACUGACAUAUCCCAGGCCUGUCCUGACUCCCAGAUGACUGGAACAUCUCGGCGUGAGGGACCACAAUGUGAAAAUAAAAAUACUUCGGAAAAAUCGUCCAGUGAUGAGGGAAAGAAGUGGGUUUUAUCUGACUUUGAAAUUGGAAAACCAUUGGGAAGAGGAAAAUUUGGAAAUGUUUAUUUAUCGAGGGAGAAGAAGUCGAAAUUUAUUGUGGCUAUGAAAGUACUUUUCAAAAAUCAAAUUGAAGAGGCCAAUGUGCAGCAUCAAGUACGAAGAGAAAUUGAAAUUCAAACGCACUUGAGGCACCCUAAUAUUUUAAGAAUGUACGGUUACUUUCAUGACGCGAAACGAGUCUAUUUGAUCCUGGAGUAUGCGCCUAAAGGAGAGCUCUACAAGGCUUUGAAAGCUGCACCCAAUGGUCGUUUCGAUGAAUCUCGAACAGCGACCUACAUGUAUCAACUAGCUGAUGCUCUGAAGUACUGUCACAGCAAGAAGGUCAUCCAUCGUGACAUCAAGCCAGAAAAUUUAUUACUGGGCUUACGAGGUGAACUGAAAAUAGCAGAUUUCGGUUGGUCAGUUCACGCACCCUCAUCACGACGAGACACUCUCUGUGGAACCCUAGAUUAUUUACCCCCAGAAAUGGUCUCCGGACAGUCUCACGAUCAUACUGUUGAUUUAUGGGGUGUCGGUGUACUUUGCUACGAAUGUUUAACUGGGAAACCUCCAUUUAUGGCAGAACGGUAUGAUGAUACGUACAAGAGAAUUAUGAGGGCCCAAUAUACAUUUCCAAAUUGGGUCAGUGCUGGUGCACGAGCUCUAAUUUCAGCGUUACUGGUCGUUAAUUCUGAGAAUCGCCUGUCGUUGGACGGUAUAAUGAGCCACUCCUGGGUCCUAGAGAAUCGACAAACUGAACUGAAUCAACAAUAAAUAUCAUCAAUCAUCAGGGAUCAACCUAGUUGUUCUUUCAAAUACGUAAAAUUAUUUUAGGGAACGGAAUUGGAUGAUGGGUUGUCUAGGACAUACCUUUAUAUUCUAUAUGAUUAUGUUAGUUUUUAAAUUUAUAGUGCUGGUGUUUAGGUCAUCACGCACCGAAAAAAUAGCCCUUCUAAACCCUUCGAUAGAGGAUCUGCCGAUGACGAAAAACUUUCCUUAAAUUGUUCAUUGUUUACCUGCCCACAAUCAUAUUAAUCCGAAAAAUUGAGCCUGCAUUCAUCUGGUGUAAAUAUGCAUGCAUUAACAUAUCGUGCCGUCGUUUUUUAUUUUUCUACACAAUUUUAUAACUUCAUAGUAAUAUGUAAUUCUGUCAAGUCAAUUAUAUAUUUUAAUCAAUACACAUGAAUUGAAGACUUC